CACCGCGGGCCUCGACCCCGAAAUGGCGCUGCUGGCCGAGCACCUGCUGAAGCCGCUCCCUGCAGACAAGCAGAUAGAGACGGGGCCCUUCCUCGAGGCGGUGUCCCACCUGCCGCCCUUCUUCGAUUGCCUCGGGUCCCCAGUGUUUACUCCCAUCAAGGCGGACAUAAGUGGCAACAUCACCAAAAUCAAAGCUGUGUAUGACACCAACCCGGCCAAGUUCCGGACCCUGCAGAACAUCCUGGAGGUAGAGAAGGAAAUGCAUGGAGCAGAGUGGCCCAAAGUGGGGGCCACGCUGGCGCUGAUGUGGCUGAAAAGAGGCCUCCGCUUCAUCCAGGUCUUCCUCCAGAGCAUCUGUGAUGGGGAGCGGGACGAGAACCACCCCAACCUCAUCCGCGUCAAUGCCACCAAGGCCUAUGAGAUGGCCCUCAAGAAGUACCACGGCUGGAUCGUGCAGAAGAUCUUCCAGGCGGCACUGUACGCAGCACCAUAUAAGUCUGACUUCCUGAAAGCGCUCUCUAAGGGCCAGAACGUGACGGAGGAGGAGUGCCUGGAGAAGACCCGCCUCUUCUUAGUCAACUUCACGGCCACCAUCGACGUCAUCUACGAGAUGUACACCAAGAUGAAUGCCGCGCUCAACUACAAGGUGUAGGCAUGCGCAGUGGCAGGCACGCCCAGGCCGUGCACCCCGACAUGCAGCCACUUGCCGAAACAGACGAACCUGAAUCACUGUGAAUCAAGCUGGCAGGCCACCCCUGGCCUACCUGCCACCCCCAGAGCAACUCAUUUUGACCAAGGUCUGCAGGGGAUGGCUCUGGUUUUUUAAGUCAUUUUUUGGGAUUUAUCCUAACAGCAAUAAAUAAUGAUGCUAUUUCCGAAUAGCCUUUGAAUUUCACAACGGUACAGACUGAUUUUAUGCCUUCAUUUCAGUGUGGUAAAAAUUAAUUAAUGUUGCUAAUACAUCAAGUCCUAAGGUUUUUUGAUUUUUUCUCCCAUAUGGAGCAUGACUCUGGGGGAGCUGUGUCAUACACCACUUUAAAAGUAAGCACGUGUCAGUCUGAAGAUCUGGCUCAGUGAUGUUUUGGGUAUUUUAAGGAUCAUGAAGAGUUUGAUUUGAAAUUAUACAGGACCCCCAAUCCCACAAUCCCUAUUGUGGGAUUUUUUUUAAAAAGCGAACUGGUAUAUAUUCUUAUGUGGUUGCACAGCCCAGCCUCACAGCACUGUCAUUAUAGACCCUGCUCUUUCUUACUGUCUUUUUCCAGACAGUCUUUUUUUAUAGCUGAAAACAACCAGCAAGCCUUUGAUGACCUGACCAAGGGGACUUUAUUUUAAAGCUAUUGGGCACAAAUAAUUGACCAGAAAUGACUGUAUUUGUAUACUUGUGCAUAAUUAUUUUCUUCAGGGACAGCUUUUCCAACCUAAGAAACUACCUAUUGUGUACUCUCUCAAGGGGGACAGAGUGAACCCCUACAGUUGCUGAGACCCAAGGAAACGCCUCACUGCCUUAAUUGUCCUUCUUGGGGCUAAAAAGAGCUGUAUUUUUGAAAGUGGUAGGGGUGAAUAGAGGAAUCUCGAAAGAAUUGAUGUGUGUUAAAAACUCAAUUAGGAACAAUUGGUGAUUUUUAUGCAGAAAUGUAAUAAUUCUUAAUAAAUCUCUAUUUUGGAAUCAUA